AUGAGACCACCGAUGGGCGGCGGCGGGUUCAGGGGAAGGGGAGGAAGAGACGGUGGCGGCGGUCGAUUUGGUGGAGGAGGACGAUUUGGUGGUGGUGGAGGACGAUUUGGCGGUGGCGGCGGUCGCUUUGGGCCUCGAGACGACGGUCCCCCUAACGAAGUCGUGGAGGUUGCAACUUUCCUCCAUGCUUGUGAGGGAGAUGCUGUGACCAAGCUCACUCAUGAGAAGAUCCCUUACUUCAAUGCCCCUAUCUACCUUGAGAACAAGACUCAGAUUGGUAAAGUUGAUGAAAUCUUUGGCCCUAUCAACGAAUCAUUGUUUUCGAUCAAAAUGAUGGAUGGUAUCGUAGCCACAUCGUACGCUUCAGGAGACAAGUUCUUCAUCGACCCUUACAAGCUUUUGCCUCUCUCUAAAUUCCUUCCUCAGCCAAAGGGUCAAUCUGCUCCAAGAGGGAGAGGAGCUCCAAGAGGAAGAGGCGCUCCAAGAGGGAGAGGAGCUCCAAGAGGCAGAGGAUUUGGAGCUCCAAGAGGUAGAGGAGGAUUUGCACCACGAGGUCGUGGAGGAAACUUCAGAGGCCGUGGAAGAGGAUAG